UGCGCGUUCAUCAUUUCAACCCCCUUCACUCAGAUUUUCAAGAGAAGACCGGAAGUGCGUUCAAUCCUGUCAUCACGCAGAGGAAAGCAGUCUGCACUGAGGUCAUCUGCUUCAAGGUGUACCUGAACACUAACGUUACCUGUGGCGUUUUAGCAAGAAAUCGAAUAGGAUGUCUGGAGAUUUGCCUCUGAAUAUCAACAUUAAAGAACCACGAUGGGACCAGGGCACGUUUAUGGGCCGAGCUCAGCACUUCUUCAUGGUGACGGACCCCAGAAACGUGCUGAUGUCCAGUGAGGUUUUAGAGGAUGCCAGAGUUACUGUGGAGAACUACAGGUUGGGAAUCAUGAAGCCUGGGCUAACAGAAGAUCAACUAUGGAGGGCCAAAUACAUUUAUGACUCUGCUUUCCACCCAGACACAGGAGAGAAAAUGCUUCUAAUCGGACGCAUGUCUGCACAAGUGCCCAUGAACAUGACCAUUACGGGUUGCAUGCUUACCUUUUACAGGACAACCCCAGCAGUGGUGUUUUGGCAGUGGGUAAACCAGUCCUUCAACGCCAUUGUCAACUACACUAACCGCAGUGGAGAUGCGCCAAUCACCGUGAAUCAGCUUGGAGCAGCCUAUGUUAGUGCUACAACUGGAGCUGUAAUAACAGCCCUUGGACUGAAGGCUCUGACCAAGCGCUUGCCAGCUAUUAUUGGGCGUUUUGUUCCAUUUGCUGCAGUGGCAGCAGCAAACUGUAUCAACAUACCCUUCAUGAGACAAAGAGAGCUGAAGUGUGGUAUUCCUGUUACUGAUGCUGAGGGAAAACGUCUCGGAGAAUCAAGUACAGCUGCUCAGCAAGCCAUCGUACAGGUGGUGGUGUCUCGUAUCGGCAUGGCAGUGCCAGCCAUGGCUAUUCCUCCAGUUAUCAUGAAUGCCUUAGAAAAGAAGGCCUUCAUGAAGCGGUUCCCGGUUCUCAAUGCCCCUGUGCAAGUUGGACUUGUUGGACUCUGUCUGGUGUUUGCCACUCCACUGUGCUGUGCUCUGUUCCCACAGAAGAGUCUAUGAAGGUGAGCAGCCUGGAGCCGGAGCUUCAAGAGAGGAUACGACAAAACAAUCCUCACAUCACCACUGUUUAUUUUAACAAGGGUCUGUAAUCAGGUCUAGGUUGCAGCCCAUGUUGAUACCCUCCACUGCACUGGAGGUUAGUGGGCACAACUUGAAGAGUAGAACAUAUUUAUUUUUGUUUUGUUGUUCUGAGUUAUAUAUUUUUGUCAGUUUUACCCAAGUUAUUGUACUAUUCAAAAUGACAAUAUGUAGUGUGAAGGUCAGAACUUGCUGCUGGAUUUAGUUAAAGAUGCUUGAAAGUUAACUGCUGCAUUGCUUUACGCCUCCAUCUAGUGUUGACUGCACACACAUAGACUUAUUUACCAGUAUAUUAAUUUCCAGAUUUGUGGCUCAAACGUCUGACCAACUUCACUCUCCCAUGUGCGUUUUACUAAAGACAGUUACAGAAAUUGGGUUUUCAACUUUAUUCUGCCAGAAGGAGUAUUUCCACCUUUCAUGCUCCACUAUGUGCCUAUUAAGUGCACUUAUGCAGUGAAUGCAGUGUGCAUGCACUCUAUGUACUACAAAAGAAACCCUAAGAUGUGCAAACACUCCUUCAUGAGCACAUCAAUACGCUAAUUAUUGGGUGACUUUUACAGAUAUCACUCCCUGCAGGUCAUACUUCUUUAUUUCUGUUUAAGCCUUAUAGACGUGUGGUUUGAAGUCAUCACAAAUGUCUCCGAGACAUUUGGUGUGUGGAUUGUGGUUUGUGUACUGAAUGGUCAAAAUUAUAUUUAUUGAACUCUUCAAUACUUAUUAUUAGCAUUUGUGAUUUGUAUGAAUAACUUCCCCAAAUAGGACAGAAUGUGUCUGGGCUAAAAGAAAGAAGCACUACAUAUCUCAGGCUGCAAGAGCAAAUGAUAAGAACAGAGUUUCCUCAUGUUUGAUAAAGGAAAAAUGCUUGCUUGGAGUUUGAAGAAAAAGUUGCUUCAUAUGCCCUGCUUUGAUCAUGUAUUACAUCUCAGACAUUUAUAAUUAUGGGAACAACAAUCAGAUUUAUUUAUUGUUGUCAUGGGGUAAUCUAUUAUGUUAUAUACAUACAUACAUACAUACAUACAUACAUACAUACAUACAUACAUACAUACACACACUGUAUAUACGAUGAUGUCAGUCGUAGUGUCUGUAGUAUAUGAUAUAACUAUAAGUAAGUUCAAUAGCCUCUGGUCCUGUAACCUGAGCACAGAAGAUCAAACUUGUUUUCCCUGACGUAUUGUGGUAAUGUUAUGGUUCCUGUUGUUUUUGUGGAUGAAGUUAAACCUUUACAGUGUUUUUUUGCCAUCAGACUCUAACAACACUGUUGUUAAUCUCAUCAUGUCCUCUAAGAGGCGGUAGAGAUCAGUUGUUUUUGAUUUGAGCACUCUCCAUUGUAGGCAAAUAAUUUAGCCUUACAUCGAAGCACAUUAUAUGUUAUGUAAGUAAAGUUGAAAAAGGUAGCCCAGGUGAAAGCAGUCAGUGACUGAUGCUUGCUUUAUUUAAUGCACAAAUUCCCUGUUACUAUGAUGAUAGUACAAGAACAUGUCUAGAUUUGAUAUAGAAGUGUUGGAUAUGUUAUGCAAAUAUGCCUAUUUGAUUGUGAUUUAUACAGAACUGUCUGAUUUCUUCCCAGAAUGUCCUGUUACACAAAGUAUCACAGACUAGUGUCAAGACUUGUUCUUCCUUUCAAAAUGCACAGUGCACCAGCAGAUAAAUCUCAGUUGGUUGUGUAAUGCUCACCAGCAUCACAAUGCUUUAUAAUGAUGCUCAACAUAAUAAACACAGAAUUCCAAACUUAAAUCGACAGACAUUAUACUGUCUGUACUGUCACUGCAUCCUCAAGCACACUGACCCAGCUUACUGUCUGUAAUAGCAGCAAUACAACAAACUAUUUAGCAAAGGUGGUGUUUCAAGAUCUUACAGACAUUUUAUGAUUGUAAAUUGCACUAGACCACUGACAAUGUUUAUUGGAUGUAAACCCAUAAUGUUAUAAUUAACAAUAUUAUGUUAAUGAACCUAAAGUGGUCAUGUAUCAUUUUCUUUAUCAUUAUAAAAUUAUGGUUGUCCAUCAAUUAGUCAUAUAUGGAUAGUAAAAGAUUAAAUCAAAAAUAUAGUCACACCAAAUUCAUUUGGCAUUUUACGAAAAUCAGACCACGCCAAAGAAAAUUAAGACUGGCUGCAUAAAACGCUUGAUGCUUAGAGCACAUAUUGAUAAGUCUCCUAUAGUGUGGAAAGUGCAGACAAAUGCAAGUGUAAUAAUUUUUGUGAUGUAACGUGCAUAUAAAUGUUGCACCAGGAAGACCCACUUCAGCACAAUUAUUAUGGUUAUUAUUGGUGCUUAUUGUUUUAUUUUUCCAACAUUUUAUAUUGUUUUGUUACAUCCUUGUGUAUUUUAUCUGGUACAGUGUAAUAAAGAUAUUAAACUAUG